AGAACCACCAACAGGAGCGGACUCACGUGAAAGGCGCUUUCAUCUGUAGCUUUUUUGUCUUUCGAGAUACUUCAAGUUAAAUCUAUCGAGAAAGCGAAGAGAAAGUAGAGUUUUUUUGCUCGUGGGGCUUUUACAAUCACCUAUUUGUAGUUCUUCGCUUUUGCUGAUAAAGGAAAGCCAAGCUGGACAGCACCAGAAAGCAUGUUGCUCCCAAGAGCUGCCUUGAUGAAAAAAAUGUUGUCCGUAGCUUUCCUGAUCGGUGGCACGCCAGGUACUCUUUUUAGCAACGUAAGUGCCGUACGCGUGCUACGCAGCAACACCGCACACGACGAGUCCAGUUCCCUUGUCCAGUGCGGGACCAAAUGCUGCUUGUGCGGUGUCGCAGUCGGUUGCAUGGCAUGCUGCACACUGCCUAGCUCUGCCACCGUUGCCACUUCGGAGCCCGCUCUUGCACUAGGGAGUAUUUCAAAGCUGGUCGGAGCAGGGGCGACCGCGUGUGCGAAUGUAGUGACCGCCGCGGGUAACACAGCCGCUUGGGCGAUUGAGCACCCCGGAGCUGUGUGCUGCUGCAUUGCUGCGCCCAUAGCCGCAGUGACGUGCUGCAUGAAGCCGGGGGAUAAGAUGGCCGUGGAUGUCGAUGCGGGUGGGCUGGGUCGUCUGCAGGCGUGUACUUCGAUCUGCGGCUACUCAGGACAACGCACCACACUCUUCCGCCGUCAGAAGCAAAACUCAGGAAGCCCAAUGCUGCUCGACGGAAGUGAUAAGUGA